AUGAACGACAGUGUCUAAGCAAUACAAGAAAGUUAUACUAGAAUCAAGUUAUUGAGUAAUGAUGUCUAGAUUAAGGACUAAACAAUUAAUAUACUUUAAGAAAGAUUACAAGAGUUGGAAGAAUAAUUGAGUUAAGCAAUAAAAUAAAAAGAGUAUGGGGAUCGGCAAUUUGGUAUUCUCUAAGAAGAACAUGAUUAGAUGUUUGAUAAUUAAUAGAAAAAAACCAAGUAAUUGCAAUAAUUUAACCAAUAAUUAUUGGCUGCAUUGAAGGAAGUCUAAGAUAAGAACUAAGAACUAUUGGAGAAAGUCAAAUUUUAAAGUUAGGAGUUAUCUUAGAAGUAAAUGACUCAACAAGAAGUGACUGAAUAAAUCUCCUUAAUAAAAGAUGCAGUCAAAGGACUAGAAGAUGAAUUAUAAUAAUUAACUAAAAAGAAUUCCAUUUUAAAAAAAGAAAAACAAGAGGCUGAAACAUAACUAAGAUAAAUAACAUCUGAAAAAAACAAGUUUGAAAAUAGUAUAAUAAAUAUGCUUAAGCAAUUAGAAACAGAGAAUGAAUUAUUAAAAUAAGAGUUAGAAGACUAUCGAUUAAGAUUGGAAUAGUAACAUUAAGAAUUGGUUGAACUAAAAUACGUCAAAAUAUCAUUUGAGGAUUUAGAAAAGAAAAAUCAAUAAUUAAAUGAACAAUUCAAUAUUUAAGUUCAGACUGCUAUGGAAUGUGAAAAGAAUUAUGCUUUGUAAUUUGACGAAAUGAACAGGGCAAAUGAAAAACUAAGGAAAGAAUGUGAAAUUUAACAUGAUCAAUAUAAAUAAUAAAAAGAUUACUCUAAUUAAUUAGAAUAGUAAAACAAAGAAUUCUCAAAAUUGUUUAAUUAUAUUUAAUAAUAAAUUGAUGAAACUAUUGCAGAAUGUUUGGUUACUAAAAAAAAGUCAAAUGUUUAUGAAAGAUUGUAUGAAGGAAGAAAAUCAUCUUCUGCAACCAGUCGUAAAUCGGUUCCUAAAAAGAAGAAGAAAUAUAGUUACAAUCAAAUACAAAUUGAAGAAUUUUUUAUUGAUAUCAAAGAAAUCAUUUAGAGUUUAAUAUCCACAAAUACUCAAUUAAAGGAAGAAAAUGAUUAAGUUUGUAAAAACAUUUAAGACAUGCACAAAGUAGGUGAGUAACUUAGAUACAAAAUUGAAUAAUUGAAUUCUGAGCAUAUCAAGGCAAGAGACUAAUUACAAUUAGAACAUUAAAAUAUAAUCGAGUAACAGGAAGACAAAAUUAAUUAAUUAUAGGAUGCUCUAGAGCAAUAAAAUCUAAAGGCAUAAAAGGAUCAUCAAUAUAUCGAUUAAUUAAUUGAAUCAUGUCAUCAAUAUGAUUAAUAAAUCUUAGAGAAAGAGAGGAUAAAUUAAUAGUUUCUCUAAUAAAAAUAGGAUUUGGCAUAGGAAUUUGAAGAACUAAACAAUUAAUAUAUAUAACUUCAAGUUGAAUUCGAAGAAUUACUUGUAAGAAAAGCAAUUUCCUAAAACAAAGUAGCUUUAAGUUAUAGUUUAUUAUCAUAUUUACUUAAAAAUAAGAGAACUCAAUUUUUGUUUUCACAAUUAAUUUAAUAUUCAAAUUAUAUACAUUAUUUUGUCCUCCUAAGAAACUAAUUCUAGAUUAGAAAUCAGAAUAUUUACUUAAGAUUCAGAAAAGUAGCCUAUGCUAUAAUUUUUGUUAAAAAACUGAAAAAAGCCUUGUAUAUAAAGGAUGAAGUAGUAAUCCUUGAAUUUGACAAUAAUGAGAUCAUUGAUUAGACAUUUGAAAAGUUCAUACCAAUACUUCAUGAUAUAGAAGAAGGAAAAUAAACAGGUUUAAAUAUUGUGAACAAAAUGAUAAAAGAGUUGAAUUUCUAAAUUAAUAAAUAUGAUUUGAAAUAUUAAGGAAGAUCGACCAAUUCAUAAAAUUAUUAUUAGAUUUUGAAUUUUGCAAAAGAAGAUAUUCAAAAAAAAAAUUCAAUUGGAAGUCAAAUUGAUUAUUAUUAAUAAUAAUUAAGUUCCUUAUAAACUAGAGUUUAUUAAUUAGAUGAAUAUGUGUAACAAUUAGAAUAAGAGUUAUCAGAAAAAGUUAGCUUUUCAACAACUUAAUAACAACAAGUCUAUUUGUAGUAAUCGGAAGAAUAAUCAAUCAACAAAUUUAGAACAGAUUCAUCUCCCCCAUAAAAAAAUAAUCUAUCAGUAUCACUACAAAAUGAACUUAUGUCAAUUUUGAGUAAGAAAUCUUCUGCAAAUUUAUCAAAGGCUGGUCAAAUAGUUAAGCAAGGAUUAUGA